AGCCAAUACUAGCCCCAGACUGCUCUACCCCCCUUUCCGAACCCUUUCCACACCCCCACGUUCCGUGAGACGAUUGGCUGUUUCGACUUGGGUGAAGCUCUGACAUUUGCAUGCUGCUCGCGGUUCCUGGUAGGUAGCGCGGCCCGUCACUCGGAAGGCCGGGACCGCCCACUCCACCUCAGUGCCGGGCUCUCUUCCUGCGCAGUUCUCCUCCGCAGCCUCUGCGGGCAAGCGCCGGGGCUGCUCUCAAUCUCCUGGCUGCGAGGAGGCAGCCCCGGCGAGCUGCCGUGCGUCCCGUCCAGAGUAUCCGGGGUGCGGGCUACAGCGUCCUCCGCAGCGCGUCUGCCCGCAGUUCCCGCCGCCCGGACUUUGCGUUCCAGUCCCGGCUUCUGGUGGGCAACAUGUCAAGAGCCGUCGCCGCUGCAGCUGCCGCCGCCACCCGAGGAAGAGCCGCAGCCUCGGCAGCCGCGCGCCCACGAGGGCAAUAAACCGAAUCCCUCGGGCGCAGAGCGGCAGGGGACCCUCCCGGUGCUCUCUGCUCCGGCAGGACUCGCGCCAUGUGCUGAGCCAUGCCCCUGGCCGCGCCCGCGGGCCGCGUAUGGGGCAGCGCCUGAGCGGCGGCCGGUCCUGCCUCGAUGUCCCAGGCCGGCUCCUGCCACAGCCGCCGCCGCCCCCGCCGCCGGUGAGGAGGAAGCUCGCGCUGCUCUUCGCCAUGCUCUGCAUCUGGCUCUACAUGUUCCUGUACUCGUGCGCCGGCUCUUGCACCGCCGCGCCCGGCCUGCUGCUUCUGGGCUCGGGAUCCCGCGCUGCUCACGCUCAGCCAGCCCUGGUCACAGCUCCGAAUGAGACAUCCCCAAAGAUGCCUUUCCGGGCACCGCUGGCCAACUCACUGGCUGCAGGCAAGGAUAAGACACUAGUCGCCGGGAGCCAGGAGGAGCAGAGUCCCGAGGCACCGGACUCCCCCAGCCCCAUCUCCAGCUUCUUCAGCGGCUCCGGGAGCAAGCAGCUGCCGCAGGCCAUCAUCAUCGGCGUGAAGAAGGGCGGCACGAGGGCGCUGCUGGAGUUCCUGCGCGUGCACCCCGACGUGCGCGCCGUGGGCGCCGAGCCCCACUUCUUCGACCGCAGCUACCACAAGGGCCUCGCCUGGUACCGGGACCUGAUGCCCAGAACCCUGGAGGGACAGAUCACUAUGGAGAAGACGCCCAGCUACUUCGUGACCCGGGAGGCACCCGCGCGCAUCUCCGCCAUGUCCAAGGACACCAAGCUCAUCGUGGUGGUGCGCGACCCGGUGACCAGGGCCAUCUCGGACUACACGCAGACGCUGUCCAAGCGGCCGGACAUCCCCAGCUUCGAGAGCCUGACGUUCCGCAACCGCAGCGCGGGCCUCAUCGACACAUCCUGGAGCGCCAUCCAGAUCGGCCUGUACGCCAAGCACCUGGAGCCCUGGCUGCGCCACUUCCCGCUGGGCCAGAUGCUCUUCGUGAGCGGGGAGCGGCUGGUGAGCGACCCGGCAGGGGAGCUGCGCCGCGUGCAGGAUUUCCUGGGCCUCAAGCGCAUCAUCACCGACAAGCACUUCUACUUCAACCAGACCAAGGGCUUCCCGUGCCUCAAGAAGGCUGAGGGCAGCGGCAAGCCGCACUGCCUGGGCAAGACCAAGGGUCGCGCGCACCCCGCCAUCGCGCGCGAGGUGCUGCGGCAGCUGCGUGACUUUUACCGGCCCUUCAACCGCAAGUUCUACCAGAUGACCGGCCGCGACUUCGGCUGGGACUGAGUCUCCCUUCGGGGCUUAUCUAUUGAGAGAGAGUAUAUGUAUGUAAAAUGUACAGAAAUCUAUUUUAUAAUAAUUUAUUUUUAAUUCACAAGCAAUUAAUUCACUAAGCUGCCUAGCCACACUCUGCAGAGAGUUCGAGUCACGGUCUGUUAACAUUCCAAAGUGUUUAACUCCCAUAUUUUGUUCUGUCCCUCACAAUCGAUGGUGCUUCCGUGUUCCCCCCACCCCACCCCCACCCCUUUCCCCGUUGUAUUUAAGAAGAAGAAAAGCACAACUUGAGAUUUUCGUUACGGGUAUUCAGCCUUCGAUCACCUUGGGUCCUCCACCUGCUAUCUCCUUGGGUCUUGGCUGGUUUGUGGUGUCGUCUUGCCUGGGUACCUCCUGGAAACACUGAGCAGCCUCAGCAUGCUGUAGUCUGAGGGUGGAGUUCACAUAGGCAGUUCAUCACCCCCACUGAUGUAGCACCAGGGUGCGUUUCACUCGCCUCCCUUACAGGGACCCGUGUCCUCAUGAUCCGGAAUCCCCUUCUGCUCUACCCGUCUGUCCAUUUUGACUAGCUAUAAGUGUAUACAAACAAUUGACCCCUCCCCCAGAUCCCACAAGUAAGAUGCUCCAGCGCUGCUUUACAAAAAAAAGGUGAUGUUCAUUUGCAUACGAGUGACCACACCAUGCUCCUCUCUUCAGUCAGACAGUUCUGCUGGGACGCACCAAAGAGCCUCCCCAGGCUUCCAUACAGAGCCACUGGCGCAAACCUAGGGUGCUGGAUGUUGAGACCCAUAGGGGUCAGAUGUAUCCUUCAAUAUCAGCGUUCAGAGAGGUAUUGCUGAGUGUAGACCCAACUGGCGCUGGACAGUAGGCUCAUGGCCUCAGUAGAGAAAAAACAAAAAACACCCAGAUCUGACGAGCAGCCUGGCAGAGGAAGAGGAUGCCCAGCACUGCAGCCAAAUGCCUAGGCCACCCCAGAGAUGCUCUGUAGGCAAUGACCACAGCAGGGUUUGAAGGAUGGCCCUCCAGGGCCCAGGCUGGGAAAGCUGGUGCUUGUAGAUACUCAAGCCUGACACUUGUGCAGCUUCCCCUGAGACCGUCAGUGGGGGCCUUAGCAGAAAAGUUGCCAGCUCUGCUAUUAAGAUACGCAGACGAUUCUCCCUGUACCUCUGUGUUGGGAGGUUCUUUGGCCUGUUAGUGGCAGUUGAAUCGCUGUGUAGUGACAUGACAUCGUGAUAUAUUCAGUUAAUCCUCAGCUUCCUAAACCAGAAUGCUUCUACCCCAGAAGGAUUGUUAUCUGAGUUAGACUUUCAUCAAGAAUGCACGGAUGGUUGAAAUGGCUGCACUGUGACAUUUACAAAGGAUUGUUUGGGGACACUUUGUGGGCAAACUUGACUGGAUGAGCCAAGUUACAUGGAAAGAGAAGAUGUGGUGUCUUUAGAAACUAGUGAGUGGUGUCCAUGGUCUAUAGGGAUAUUCUGGUAAGCAAAUUUGUGAUUUCCAACAAGUUAUAGCCCAGCUUGAAUUAGCUUAUUCUGGGCAGCAAAAUGGUUCCUGGGCAGAUUUAGAGCGGGGAGAAGGUGAUCAUCAGCUAUGUUUAUUCUUUAGAUGUUACAUCCAUUCCUUUUGUGGGCCUGUUGCACACUGGGCAAACACUGAGCCAUAUCCCCAGCCCAUUUCACAGUUAUCUGUUCCUUUUUCUUCUCUCCAUACACCGUAGUGUAUCGCCUGCACUAGGCCCACACAGCAAUCCUAGCAUCUCCUGGCUGGCUGCUCGAGUGUGGAAACACCUGUGUAAAAGGUGCUCGCCACACUUGAUUGAAAUCAGAAGGAGGACACCCUCCCUCACAGAGAGCAGCAUCUUGCUCCCGGCCAGAGGAGGCCUUCACCAAGGUUUUCUGGCUGCUUGCAGAGUCUGAUGUAACUCAUGAAGCAGAAGUGUGGAGAGUUCAGAGAAUGGUACCCAGCCAAGUGGGAGGAAAAUGUGUGAGCCUGCCUGCCUGCUUCCCAAGCUGGACACUUUUUUUUUUUUUUAAAUUAAGCUGUUUACGCCUGGCUUUAGAUGAUAACAAAAAAAAGGACACAUUGAGGUAGAAGGAGGUCAUUUAGUCAUGAACCCUGAAGUGAGUCAAGAUUCUGUUCCCGGUCAAAUCCUUGACUCUAAGCAGGUGUCAGUAAUUAGUACCAAUGGAGCAGGGGGAGGUUUUCAGUGUUCGUCAGAUAAAUCAAACAGCAUGUGCGCCUCUUCAUCAGGCCCUGAUUGCUUACAGUGUUCCUGACUGAUCCGGAUGCUGCAUCUGCCCAGGAUGCUGCUGCAUCAUGUGAUAGUUAUUACUGACCCACAUGGCCUCUUUUCGGAGAAGUUAGGCAACGUGGGAAGUUAAGCCGUAGGUCUCUUCCUGUCCUGGCCAUCUGCAGAGCUACUGCGCCUCACUUCUGAGCUGCUAGGAGACAGACACCAGGUCAUGUCUUGGCAGUUGGUCCCACCACAUGUUUGCAGUUUCUUCCAGUUUAUGUAGGAAAGCUCUGACGUAUUCCUGGUGUACUUUAUUUCUCAACAGUUUCUCUUGUUUGAAAACAAACAAAACAAAACAAAAAAAGCCCACAAAAACUUAGAUUAUUAUUAUUACUAUUCCUAUCCAUGGGAAGCCUUCUUGGGGAUGUUUGCAUGCAGGUGUGUUCACUUGCUCUGUGGUACCUACCAAGGUAUGUCAGGCAGAAUGACUAAGGAAUAAACUCUUCAUUGGAUGGUGGAGGAGAGACGUUCUGGGGGGAGGGCAGGGGAGGGGACUCUUCGGGAGUCAUUUUGAGUGACAGAUGCGCUUGAGCCCCUGGAGGAAACCCAGUUGCAGAUCCUGCCCGGCUGUUUUCCUAAGAAAGGAAAAUGGAAGGCUCCACAGCCACAUUAGUUUCUAAGGUGCUGGUACAGAGAUCAGUGUCAGUUCUCCUUCCGGUUUUCCAGAAAGAAUGCUUCCUGAGUUUGGAAGGUGUGGUUAGUUCUUUUGUUGUUGUUGUUGUUUUCAUUUUUAUAACAUUAAUUUAUGACUGAGUUUCAUUCAGCCCAGUAAUCAAAAAUGCUGUGCAAGUUCCAGCAGCUUGUCUUCUAUAACAUGGAUGGUAGAAUAGCCAAUAUGUACAAAAAAAAAUUAAAUCAAGUAUUUUGUCCUAUGUAUAACACAAAUUAAUUUUACACAGAGAAAGAUGUUUCUAGGCAAAUGAAAUUCUGGUAAUUCAUACCUUUUCUUUGUAUGGACAAAUAAAAUAUAUUUUACCAA